CGGCCCUGCAAGGAGCAUGGACGAGGCGCGCCGCUUCUUCCUGCAGCUGCCCAAAGCGGAACUCCAUGCCCACUUGAAUGGCUCUAUCAGUUCAGAGACGAUGAAGAAAUUAAUGGCGCUGAAGCCGGAUCUUUGGGUUCAUGAUGGGAUGACCGUGAUAGACAAGGGCCAGAAAAGGAGCUUGGAAGAAUGCUUUGAGAUGUUCCAGAUCAUCCAUCAAGUGACCAACAGGACAGAAGAUAUAUUGAUGGUAACCAAGGAUGUUAUUCGGGAGUUUGCUGCAGAUGGCGUCAAAUACCUGGAGUUAAGGAGUACACCCAGAGAGGAACAAACCACAGGUAUGACCAAGCAGUGCGACGUGGAAGCUGUCAUGAAGGUGCAUACAAGCAGUGCAAGGAAGAAGCCAGUGGAUAUAGAUGUUAGAUUUCUAAUCUCAGUGGAUCGAAGAGGGGGACCGGCUGUCGCCAAGGAGACCGUGAAACUGGCGGAGGAGUUUUUGCUGUCCACGGAUGGUGUGGUGGUAGGGCUGGACCUCAGUGGAAAUCCGACAGCAGGACACGGCAAGGAUUUUUUGGAACCCCUCUUGGAAGCCAAGAACAGGGGCCUGCGGCUGGCUUUGCACCUGUCGGAGGACGAAAGAGACCAAACUCCUCCUGGGCCUGCCUCCUGGCCUAGUCGAGACGCGGCACCUUUCUUCAUUCGCCCGCCGGCGUGCCUGAGAACUCGUUCAACUCCUCGUCGAGACAACAUCGAUGUUCCUCUUAAACUCUGCGUGACCUCAAAUCUCAAAGGGCAGACCGUGCCUUCGAUUGAGCUCCACCAUUUCGGAUUCUGGUACAACACGGGGCAUCCGGUCGUGCUUUGCACGGACGAUAAAGGUGUGUUUGCGACCGACUUGUCUCGGGAGUACCAGCUGGUUGCCGAGACGUUUCAGCUGUCCCGAGAACAGGUGUGGCAUCUCUCGUACCAUGCCAUCGACUACGUUUUUGCUGGCGCCCGUACCAAGGCUGAGCUGAAGGAAAAGUGGAACAAACUGAAACCAUCUCUGCUAAGUCAGGACGCUUUCCCGUGAUCUCAGUGCCGCGGUCCUGUUCCUAUCAACCACAUUUGCUGAGCUGUUUUUCUUUUAGGGGCUUGCUUUGCAGUCUUGCUGACCUCUGCAGGGCGGCGCGUCCACUGAUUUUGUUUUUUUGUGUGACUAUGAGGCUUUCUGCACUACAGAAGGGAGCUAAGGUCGACUCGGUUCCCUUCAGUGGGGGGCGAUUCCAGGCUGU